AUGCUAGUCGAUGAUAAGAGGGUGGAAAUCCUACUCAUCGGUCAUUUCAAUCUGAUCAUUGCCUACCUUCGUGCGCGAUUGUUCCCGAAUGUCCAAUUGGCCACGCUGAAGGCGGGCCUUUUGUUACAUCAAUUAUCAAGUUCUUGUGCUCCCUCUGAAAGUGACUCUGGUGAAAGGUUGCUGGCUGCUGAAUUGUUAACAAAACUUCAGUCAGAUAAGUUGACUGGACCUCGUUGGACACGGUUCAUCACCAAGUACCUGCCACCCAUUUUUGCAGAUGCGUUACGAGAUUCCCCUAACACAGCGUGA